UCCAGAAUUGUCUUCAUGUCCUCACUUGAUGCUGCCCUGAGAGCUUGUGCUGAUGGAGGUGCCAAUCGUCUCUACCACAUCACGGAAGGGAGCCAGGAACGCUUUUUGCCUGAUUACAUCAGUGGUGAUUUUGAUUCCAUUCAGCCUGAAGUCAAGGAGUUCUACAAGGUCAAGGGAUGUGAGUUAAUUGAGACCAUGGAUCAGGACCUCACAGAUUUCACCAAGUGUCUUCAGAUACUCCAGAAGAAGAUAGAGAAGAAGGGCCUCCAGAUUGAUGUGAUUGUGACUUUGGGCGGACUUGGAGGACGCUUUGACCAAACAAUGGCAUCAGUGGAAACGCUUUUUCAUGCAACAAAUAUCACUCCCUUUCCAGUCAUAGUUAUCCAGGAGUGCUCACUGAUUUACCUGCUUCAACCUGGCAAGCACAAGCUGCGUGUGGACACAGGACUGGAAGGCACCUGGUGUGGCCUCAUCCCCAUUGGGAACUCCUGCGAGAGCGUGACCACGACAGGCCUUAAGUGGAACCUCACUAACCAGGUGCUGAAGUUUGGAACACUCGUCAGUACUUCCAACACCUAUGAUGGCUCUGGGAUUGUGACUGUCGAGACAGACAAACCUUUGCUGUGGACAAUGGCUAUCAAAAGAUAAGAUCAGCUAUAGCUGCCUUUUCUGAUCCAACACAACUCCAAUUACUACAAAAUUUCACUGAAUUAAGACAGUAAAGCUGUUCCAAAAAAUAUAAGCAGGCACUGAUUUUAUGUAUCGAAUGGAAAACAAGUCUGAAAUAAAAGUUACUUGAGAUCCAAUCAAAACUACUUGCAGUAAUAGAGUACUUCAUUCUGGUACCUCACACUACCUAACCACUAGACACAUGAGCAGCCACCCAGUACAGUCACAAACAAAAAUGAAUGUAAAGAAACUGCUACUGCUUAUCUGGUUAGUCCAGACUACUUUUGCAAAGUAUUUUAUUGCAAUACUGAACUGUUUUUCCCCUUUUGCCAAAAGAAAAUACAG